AUGGCCGCCCUCGGUAACCCUCGCCACGAUGAGAAGACCGGAAUGAUCCGGGUUGAGGCCACGGCCACGGCGACGGCGACGGCGACGGCCACGGCCACAGCCACGGCCAAGCAGCCCGUCAACAACACGGCGUACGAUUCCGAGACAUCGGCCAUGACCAGACGGGUUCUGCUGAAGCUCGAUACCCGCAUCAUCCCCGUCCUCGCCGUCCUCUUCCUCUGCUCGUUCCUCGACCGCACCAACGUCGGCAAUGCCAAAACCUACAAACUCGAGCACGAUCUCGGCAUGACUGACCGCCAGUACGACACCGGGCUGGCCGUGUUCUACGCCACAUACAUUGCCAGUGAAAUACCAAGCAAUCUUGUGCUGAAGAAGCUCUCCCCGAGGAUCUGGUUGCCGGCGCUGACCAUGGCCUGGGGUCUCGUGACCAUGUGUCUGGGUUUCGUCCGGAAUUACAAGGAGUUUGUGGCCGUGAGAGCGAUCCUGGGCUUUUGUGAAGGAGGACUUCUCCCGGGGAUGGUCUUGUAUCUUUCCAGCAUGUAUACGCGAGGCGAGAUGGCCUUGCGACUGGGACUAUUCUAUACCUCUGCUUCUCUUAGUGGUGCCUUCGGAGGACUUCUCGCCCGAGGUCUCACUUCUAUAGGGGAGCAUGGAGAGCAGAAGAAGUGGAGUUGGAUCUUUAUCAUCGAGGGACUAAUGACCGCCAUCGUGGGUUUCGGGGCCUACUUUCUCCUUCCGAAUAAUGUCGAAACAGCGCGUUUUCUUAGCGAGAAGGAACAAGAGUUCGCCAGUUCAAGAUUACACAUGGAUCGGCCUUCUCGAUUGCUUGGGGAUGGAAACGAGCAUCGCCAUGAGCAGUUUGAAUGGUCCGAAGUCCGAAGAGGAGUCUUCAACGUCUCCACUUGGCUGAGCGCACUGGCCUACUUCGGCGUCCUUUCUGGCCUCUACUCCUUCGGUCUCUUUUUGCCCACCAUCAUCGUCGAGCUUGGCUACACCGCCAACGAAGCCCAGCUGUGGUCCGUCAUCCCAUAUGCCGUCGCCUCCGUCGUCACCGUCGCGGUCGCCCUACUCUCCGACCGUCUCAAACUGCGUGGUACAAUUAUGCUCUUCGUGCUCAUCCCCGCUAUUAUUGGCUACGCAGUCAUCGCUAACAUCUCCAUUGCUUAUCCGAAAGUGAAAUAUGGGAUGACGUUCUUGAUGGCUACGGGAUUGUACGCCUCGGUACCAUGCGUGCUGGUGUGGAACUCGAACAACAGCGCGGGUCAUUAUAAGCGUGCGACGACGACGGCGCUGCAGCUGAUGAUUGCCAACAGUGGAGGCUUCGUGGCCACUUUUAUCUAUCCGAACAAAGACAAGCCGCAGUUCCACAAGGGGCAUACGGUUGUGUUGGGUCUUUUAGUGUUUGCAUGGUUCAUGGUGCUGUCCAAUGUAUUGUACUGCCGGAAGGUCAACCAAGAUAAAAGGGCUGGAAAAUAUGAUCAAUAUGUCGGGUGUGGAGAUGAUCGGGAUCCGGAAUUCCUUUUGGUACUCUAA